AUGGUGGGCGUUCAGAAACUCGCGGAGGGCACUGCUGCCGAGCCCAUCAUCACCCGCAUGUUGGAGCAGGACAAGGUACGAUGGUGGAAAAAAAGAAACCUCCGCCUCAUGUAUGUCUGGCUCUUCUGCUGCUGCAUGGGCGUUGAGAUUACAUCUGGUUUCGACUCUCAACUCAUUGGCACCCUCCAAUUCUCCGUCCCCUUCAACAAGUACUUUGGAGACGGCUACCUCGACAAGGAUGGAGAGCACUCCAUCAACCCCAAAAUCAUCGGUUUCAUGUCUGCUUGCUACCAGCUCGGUUCCAUUCUCGCCGUCCCUAUUGCCCCAUGGCUGAACCAGCGCUAUGGUAGACGUAUGGCCGUCUUCGUCGGUUCCGUCAUCAUGGUUGUUGGCGCUAUCCUGCAAGGAUUUGCCCAGCAUAUCGCCAUGUACAUCAUUGCACGUAUGCUGCUCGGAUUCGGAAUUCUCUUUGCCAUCAUUGCCGGAUCGGCCUUGAUUGGAGAGCUUGCCCACCCCAAGGAACGUCCAUUCAUGACCUCUCUCUUCAACGCCUCAUACUUUAUCGGUUCCAUCACCGCCGCUGCCAUUUCAAUCAAGACAACCACCAUUGGUGGAAACUGGGGAUGGCGACUUCCUUCGCUUCUCCAGAUCUGCCCUUCGAUUCUGCAGAUUUGCACCGUUUGGCUGCUCCCUGAGAGCCCACGUUAUCUGAUUUCCCGUGACCGUGACGACGAGGCCUAUGCUAUUUUGGUCAAAUACCACGCUGAAGACGACGCCAACUCGCUCCUCGUCCAAGCUGAAAUGGCCCAGAUUCGAUCCACCAUCAAGCUCGAAAUGGAGAACUCCAAGCAAUCCUGGAUGGACAUGGUCCGAACUCCCGGUAUGCGCCGCCGUGUCAUCAUCGCCGUCUUCUUGGGUCUCUUCACCCAGAUGAGCGGCAACACUCUGCUCUCUUACUACCAAAAGCUGCUCUUCAACCUGAUGGGUUUUACCGAUAACAACACAAAGACGCGCAUCAACAUGGCCAACCAGUGCUGGAGUUUGUUGAACGCUGUCAUCAUCGCUCUCGUCGUCACCCGAUUCCCCCGUCGUAAGAUGUUUAUGCUUUCCGCUGGAUCCAUGGUCAUGGUCUUCAUGGCCAUUACCAUUACUCUGCACUCGCUUCAGACAGCCGACAAAGCCGGAACCACCAACUCACCGGCCCAGAUCGCAUCUCUGUUCUUCUACUUUGCCUACUCUCCUUGUUACAACAUCGGAAACAACUCGCUCACAUACACAUACCUUGUCGAGCUGUUCCCUUAUGCGCAACGUACCAUGGGUAUCGGUAUCGAACAGAUUUUCGGAAAGUUGGCUGGUUUCUUCUCCAUCUACGUCAAUCCCAUUGCCCUUACCGCCAUUGAGUGGAAGUACUUUGCCAUCUACUGCGCAUGGAUCUCCUUUGAAUUCUCGUUCAUCUACUUCAUGUACCCCGAGACGUACAACCGCACGCUCGAAGAAUUGGCUUUCUUGUUCGAGGACGAUCUUGCCGACGAGGCUACCAGGGCAACCGAGAAGUCGGUUAACCAGGUUCAAGACAGCACAAUUGUUGACCACGGCAAGACUGGAGCUACUACGAUCGAACGUGCUGCUUAG